GGCGCGGGCGCCUUAGCUGCUGACGAUGGCGCCGACGCAAGUGGACUCCACAAAGCUAGCCGCGCCGGCCUCGUCGGAAGGCGCCGCGAGCUCGUCCGCCGGCGCUGCGCCCGACGAUGAGCCCCCUGACCUCCCUUUUGACAUGUUUUCGAUGCGCAAGCCAAAGAAUUUGAUUGCGGGCGCCUCGUCGGGCCUAAAAUCAGCGCUCAAGGGGGUGGUCGGCGGCACCGUCGGGCUGAUUGCGGCGCCCAUCGUCGGGGCACAAACACAGGGCGUCGGAGGUUUCUUCACGGGGCUCGUGACGGGGAUUCUGGGUGCGGUGGCACUGCCGGUCGCCGGCGCCGCGGUGGGCUGCCUGCAGGUGACGCGCGGCGCAAUCAACACGGUCGAGGAGGUUGUCGAGUCGAACAAGGGCAAGGACUGGGACCAGGAGAAGCGCGAGUGGUACGAGUACAACCUGCAGACCGACGCGCAGCUCGCUAGCCAGCUCGAGGACGAGGCCGGCGGCGGAGCCGGCGGCGGCGGCGGCGGCGGCGGCGGCGGCGGCGGCGGGAGCGGGCGCGCGCCCAAGGACACGCGAUACUACGACUCUCUGGGCGUGCGGUACGAUGCGUCGACGGACGCCAUCAAGAAGGCGUACUACAAGAAGGCGCUGCGGCUGCACCCCGACAAGAACCCGGGCGACGAGGAGGCGAAGGAGCAGUUCCAGGCCAUCUCGGAGGCGUACCAGGUCCUCGCGGACGAGCGCUCCCGCGCAAAGUACGACGCGCACGGCGCGUCCGGCGUCGAAAAGAACUUCAUGGACGCCGGGGUCUUUUUCACCAUGCUGUUCGGCUCGGAGCGUUUCGAGCCCUACAUCGGCACCCUCGCCCUCGCCACCGCCGCGUCGAUGGAGGGCGGCGUCUCGAUGGGCCGGCUGGGCGUGCGGCAAAAGAAGCGCGAGGUGGAGUGCGCGCUGCGGCUGGUGGACAUGGUCGCGCCGUACGUCGGCGGCGACGAGGAGCGCUUCCGCCAGUUCUGCAAGAGCGAGGCGGAGGAGCUGAUCGCCGUCUCCUUCGGCGACUGCCUCCUCUUUGUCGUCGCCGAGAUCUACCGCUGUCGUGCCGCAGAGUUCGUCGGAUACCGAAAGUCGACCCUCGGCGUGGACGGGCACGUCGCCGCGUGGAAGGGCAAGAAGAUCUCGUUCGACAACCACACGGCCGCGGCGGGGGCGGGGAUCCGCGCCGCCGGCGCCGCGCUGCGCACCUACCGCAUGGUCAAGGAGAUCGCCGACAAGAGCGAAGGCGAGCCGGCGGACCCGCUCUCGGGGCUGAGCGCGACGCAGCUCAAGGCGACGCAGGACUCGCUGCCGAUCUUCCUCGAGGCGAUGUGGCACGUGUCGGUGAUCGACAUCGAGCGCACCAUCACAACCGUCACGCACAAGCUCUGCCGCGACCACUCCGUCGACGAGGUGCAGCGGCUGAGGCGCGCGCAGGCGCUCGGCAUCAUGGGCGAGGUCUUCAUGGAGGUGGCAACCUCGCGCGGCGGAUCAAAGGACCCGAAGUCCAAGGUCGCCGAGAUGGUUGCCAUCAUGGUGCCGCCCUCCGCCUCCGGCGCCGGCACCUCCGGCGCCGACGCUGCGGGCGAGGCGCAGCAGGGGGCGAGCGGCGGCGGCGGCGGCGGCGGCGGCGGCGCGGCGGCGCGCGGCGGCGGCGCGACACAGCAGCGGUGUAGCUUGGAGGAGCUUCGCCAGAUGAAGGUUGGCGAGCUCAAGCGGCGGCUGCGCGAGCGCGGCAUCACCGAUCCCGACGCCGUCGAGAAGGAGGAGUUGGUGCAGCUCCUCUUUGGCUUGCAAGAGUCGGAGGGGUCCGCCCAGUGAGGGCGCGGCACUGUUCUCACCAUGUCUGUGCGUGGGCUGUGGACACUCAACCCCAGCGGGGACCCCGCUCGACGGCACGGGGCUCGCAAAGGCGGGGGUGAGCUCCUGUUGAGUCGUCACGAACUAGCUCUGCACCCUCCGUCACCGUGUUCACCGUGUGUCCGUGUGUCGGUGUGAGGCCGUUUCUACUUGUGCACACGCGGGCGUAAUGGUGUUCUUCUUGACACACGAUACACGUACAGCUCUGUGAGACA